AUGGACGUCCGGCUGUUUGCGGUGCUCUCCGGCAGAGCGCGGCCCGGCCGCAAGAUGGCGCCAUCCGUCUUGUUGACGCCUGCGUCGGACGUCGCGGCGUCGCUCGGCGUCGGCGUCGGCGUCGUCCCUAAUUGGCCGGCCGCCGCAGCCGCCGCCGCCUCCGCAGCCAGCAACACGGGCCGGACCAACUUCACCAACAAGCAGCUGACCGAGCUCGAGAAGGAGUUCCACUUCAACAAGUACCUGACGCGAGCGCGGCGCAUCGAGAUCGCGUCCGCGCUCCAGCUCAACGAGACGCAGGUCAAGAUCUGGUUCCAGAACCGCCGCAUGAAGCAGAAGAAGCGGCUCAAGGAGGCAGCUGCCAGCGCUCAGUGCCAAAGUCGUGGUGCAACCAGUGAACUACCAGGAGGCGUAGCUCUGGCUGAAGCUGGUCCUCGGUCUCCCAUCAACUGUCCAGCUGAGACUACAUUGUUGGGCGAACAAGUGAACCAGCUGGAAGCAUCAUGUGGGGUACUUCAGGCUGAAGCUGGUCCUUGA